UGGCCCCGAUUUACCUGGCUUUGACCCCAAGGUGGCGGGGGCUGGGUUCCCCCCACUCGGAGAGGGCAAAGAGCUGGAGGGCAGCCCCUUGACUUUCCAGGGCAUCCUAGCCCCGCACUCAAAGGGGAAAGGGAAGCCGAGGAACGCCCGCUUGGGACCCAGGUAGCCUGGCUCCCCGGCUCCCUCUGGAGUCCUCCGGAAACUUUUUGCUGCCCUUCCCGGCGAGGGCACAACGCCCGGAGGGAAGGUUGCCUCGUCUGCCUCCUUCGCUCCCUCCCUCACUGGCUCGCUUGGUGGCUCCCCAGCAGACUGGGCCAGGGAAGGACUGGGGAGCCACUUCACCCACUGCUCUGCGUCCUCUUGGGGGCCUGUUCCUUCCUUCCUUCUCUCGCUGCCCCCCCCCCCCUUUCCCCCUAAUCCUGGGCCCAGGGCGGGCGGGAAAAAGCAAGGAUGCCGUCAGUGAUGGAGAAGAGCAGCUCUGGUUCUGUGAUCCUGUCCCGGAGUCGGGCCAAGACGGCGCCCAACGGAGGCCAGCCCCACUCAGAGGAUGACAGCAGCGAGGAGGAACACUCCCACGACAGCAUGAUCCGAGUGGGGACGAAUUACCAAGCGGUGAUUCCUGAGUGCAAGCCUGAGAGCCCAGCCCGGUACAGCAACAAGGAGCUGAAGGGGAUGCUGGUGUGGUCACCGAAUCACUGCGUAUCAGACGCCAAGUUGGACAAGUACAUUGCAAUGGCCAAGGAGAAGCACGGUUAUAACAUUGAGCAGGCCCUGGGCAUGCUGCUGUGGCACAAGCAUGAUGUGGAGAAGUCUCUGGCAGACUUGGCCAACUUCACCCCUUUUCCGGAUGAGUGGACCGUGGAGGACAAGGUGCUGUUUGAACAAGCCUUUGGCUUCCAUGGAAAGUGCUUCCAGCGCAUCCAGCAGAUGCUGCCAGACAAGCUCAUCCCCAGUCUGGUUAAAUACUACUAUUCUUGGAAGAAGACUCGAAGCCGUACGAGUGUCAUGGACCGCCAGGCCCGGAGGCUGGGUGGCCGAAAGGACAAGGAUGAUAGUGAUGAGUUGGAAGAGGGAAGAGGAGCCACUAGUGAGGGAGAGCCAGAUGCUGGGGACCCCAAGAGAGAGCCGCCCCCCACCCGACCCCUGAACGCCCGGCCUGGCCCAGGGAAGAAGGAGGCUCAACUGUCCCAGUACCGCCACCACCCUCUUCGGACCCGGCGCCGCCCACCCAAGGGCAUGUACCUGAGCCCUGAGGGCAUCACAGCCGUCUCUGGCAGCCCCGACCUUGCCAGUCUCACCCUUCGGGGCUUGGACUCCCAGCUAGUCUCCCUCAAGCGCCAGGUACAGAGUAUGAAACAGGCCAACAGCAGCCUCCGUCAAGCCCUCGAGGGCGGCAUCGAUCCACUCCGUCCCCCAGAGGCGAAUACCAAGUAUAAUUCCCGAUGGACCACAGAUGAGCAGCUUCUGGCUGUACAAGCCAUCCGAAGGUACGGGAAGGACUUUGGUGCCAUCGCGGAGGUGAUCGGGAACAAGACGCUGACCCAGGUGAAGACCUUCUUUGUGAGUUACCGCCGGCGCUUCAACCUGGAGGAGGUGCUGCAGGAGUGGGAGGCUGAGCAGGACGGGGCUGCCGGGGCCCCGGCUCCCCCCGACGAGGCUCGCAAGGGGCUCCCGGCCCCCGCCGCCGCCGCCGCCAGUGAGGAGGAAGAAGAGGUCCAGAUCACGGCAGUGUCGCGGGCAGUGGCGCCAGUGCAGCCAGCACCCCCUCCUCCCACCUCACUGUGUCAGCCACCUCCACUGCUUCGCCCCCCAUUGCCUACAGCCCCUACCCUCCUCCGCCAGCCCCCUCCUCUACAGCAGGGCCGAUUCCUCCAGCCGAGACUGGCUCCCAACCAACCACCCCCCCCUCUCAUCCGUCCUGCCCUUGCAGCCUCUAGACAUAGUACAAGGGGUGGCCCCCAGCCACCACCUGCUUUACUAGGGGGCCCCUCAGAGCCCCCACCCCCUUCACUCUGAGUCCUUACCCCCUAUCCCCACCCUGGGCACCACCUGCUUCAGUGAGGACAGAUGGAAUGGGCACCUCAGCCCCCCACCCUGCAGCAGAUGAUCACGGGCCUGUGAUGGGCACAACCUAAGACAUGUGGGCUGCUGGCAGACGGGAAGUGAGGCCAGCAUCUGGACACUGGCAUUUGUAGGGGUUGGACAGCUGCUCCUCUCCCCCCCCCCCCCACCAAGUACCAGGAGCGGGACCUUUAGCUCAAGGCAGCCCCCUGGCCAACCCUGUGCCUGCUUUGUGGAGCUGCUCGAGCUCCAGACUGGAAUGUUGCCUCUGGUUGAACGUUUCUCUGGGAUUUUCCUCCCUCCUUCUCCCAGCCCUGUCUCUCCCUGGUAGUGGGUAUGUUAGUGACUGUAGAGUAGAGCUAAAUUAGGGCAGGCAGAAGGGCUUAG